AUGUUAAAAACUGCAAUGCACCCGACACGUAAUGGUUCAGAUCAUUGUGCUGGUAGUUCGAUUGAGAAAAAUGAUGCUAUGAGAAUUUGGCUGGAACUGAAACAAAAUGGAUUUAUCUCGCCUUCGUCUGCCUCAAUGCCGAGGCUGAAGCCAAAGCCAAAGCCUGCUCCAUUGCCAACUAAGAAGCGAGAGAGACACAUAAAUGAUGGGUUUAGUGAAAAACCAGAGCUUGCUAAGGUGCGGCGAGUUGAUGGGUUGGCUAAGGUUGCUGCAUCUGCUUCUGGAUUGCUCAAGAAAUUUAAUCCUGGGACCACACCUUCUUCUGCUGGUAUGCUGCCAACGCCAAAAAAGCACAGUGAGAAGUGUAUGAUUGCUGGACCCAAGGGAUUCUUGAAGGUUUUAGAGGUUGAACCGAGCAAAAUGUACUCUCGGAUUUCUCCACCAUGUGGGUUGCUUAAUGAGUUUAAUCCAGGGAUUAUAAAUCGGAUACGAAGCAGUAAACAGGUCUUUUCAGUGAUUCAGGCUUUGGUGAGAAGAGAUACAAUAGGAAAUGUUGACAUCCCAAGUAGGCAGGAAAAUAGAUUUGGGGAGAAUGAUGCAAAUGAAUGUCCAAAUAGAAGUGACAAAAAGGGAUUGUGUUCUAAGGCCCCAAGUGGCAAUUUGUGUGUGAAAACAGAAUACGAGGAAGAGGUUGGUGGUUUGGGGAUAGCUGUGAGAAGGGCAGACAAUGAUGAUGACAAAGAUGAAGUGAAGUCAUCCCUAUCUUCAAUUACAGCAUCUGAAAAUGCAGCCAGUUCUGUUCACAGUGAGGCGUCAACGAGCACAGCAAUGGGUUCUUCUCUUUCUCUAGAAGAUGCUAAUGCAGCUUCUCAAUGGUUGCAAUGUCUUCGCCAUGACAUCACAAGGCGUCUAGAAGCAUUGAUGCAUAGUAGAUCGAGGAUUCAAAAUGUGAUCCGGACAGAGUUGCCUGCACUUAUGCUCAAAGAGUUUUCAGUUGACCAAGAAAACGAGCUCUUUGCUGCCAGAAGGUCUGUUUCUAUGAAUGUGGAUGUCCAUAAAGCAAAGCGGGGUACUCAGUUUGAUCAGAUGGAUAAGGCACUAACUGAAGAGGCAGGUCAACUGGAACUCUGGUUGAAACAAGUAAUAGAAAUGCAGUCACGGAACGAUGAAGUCUUCUGUCGCCUCAAUCAGUGUACAGGACGUCAACAUUGGGCCAUUCAAGUUGACACCACUCCAGGUGGUUCCGCUUCUGAUAGAUACCAGUAUGUCCAACUAUGGUGUCUACGUUUGCCAAAGAAUGAGGGUUUGGUGAAAAUGCUUAGCUUCACAUAUCUACAUGUACACAUUUCUGACAUCCAAGGCUGUCUCUUUACCUCUUAG